CUGUGUCCAUGGCAUUUAUGCAGUCUUAUGCAGAAGUAUCAACCAGACUUGCAGAUAUGAAGGACCUUGUACUGACUCGAGUUAACUGUGGAGACUGGCCAGAUGUUUGUUUGAAUGAAGAUGUUACAUGUUUUCCGACUGUCAAGAUGUAUAUUCAAGGAGAUAAACAUUUACUCUACACUGGAAUGCUAGGAACGCACAGUCUAUUAAAGUUCAUUAUGCUGAGCAGAAUACCUACUCCUGUCCUAUUGAAAUCAAUAGAAGAUGUUGAAGCCUAUCUAAAAGGAGAGUUACGCAGUGAUCUCAAAACACAGUGGGACAUUCCUGUUGUAGGAUUAUUCAGCUCAGAAAUGAAAGAAGCGAGUGACGCCUUUAUUGAAGCUGCAUAUUCCCUCAGGGGCAUAGUGGUGUUGAGAAUGCACAUCCAGAAAGAUGCUUUCUAUCACUCGCAAAAGUUUGGUGUGGCUCUACCAGCUCUGAUGUUUGUUAGGGAUGAAAAAUCUCACAUAGAAGCCAUUCAUCUUGAAAAUCCUAGCAGAGAGGGCAUUGUAUCUGCAGUCAAGAGUGUCAUGUUGGAAACAUUUCCUGAAGCCACAGUGGAAAAUUUCCCAUCUUAUUUUCAUCCUCUGAAACCGUUACUCAUGCUUUUCAUUGAUAAUGGUGACACCAAGACUAUGAAAGCUAGAGAGGAGCUUGAACAACUUACCAAGUUAAGAGAUGUGCAGACUUAUACCAUGUGCUGGAUUGAUCUACGAAAGACACAUGUUGGAAAAGAGAUUCUUCAAGUAUAUUUGAACUACCUCCCACAGCUGCCAGCACUGGUCUUAGUGCAACUCAGCUCGAGUGGCCAUGUGUUUGUAUUUCCAGAAGGAGAGCUUAUAUCAGCAGUCGGUGUGCUAUAUUGGUUAGAGAAGAUACAAACAGGACAGGAGGUCCCGAAAAAUAAUCUGCAAAGAAAAGAGUGGACACCCCCACAAGCUACUUAUGAUUUUCUGGCCAUUAUGGAUAUUGUACAUCCUGGAUUUGCAAAGCAGAGGACACCCACUUCUGCAAACCAAGAAAAACCCUAUGAGGAGGAGGAAAGUGGGACUGAACAUUUGAAUGAGAGUGGUGAGGAAGAAGCUCAAAGUGAACUAGCUGCAGCAUCUCAAAAAGUGCAAGGGACUCCUACACCACCAGAUAAGCAAAACAAGAUGCAGCAUGAUCUUCAUAAUGAGCUAUGAUCAGAAACCACAAUUCAGUAAGUGGAUAUCUCUGAGACUGUUGAACAGCUAUACUGAUUUUAGCAGCUAAGGCAUGAUUGUAUUUGCUUCUGGAUGUUGUUAUAGACUUUAUCAGCAGAAGGUGCAAAUUACUGCCAGAAGCUGAUUGUGCAACAGAAACUGAACACUUAGUUAAUCCUGUGGUACUGCUUAGCAUUUCCCGCAUGAACCAGAUUGAAAAAAGCAGCGGCCGGUUUUCAUAACAAGUAAAUUUCAAAUGAUUCAGUAAUUCUUUUGUAGGUUAUUUUGUUACUCAGUUUAAAAUGAGAAAGAAUUGAGUACAGUACAUCAUGGUAACUCAAACCAGUGAAAAUGCCAGUCUUUUGUAUGUCUUGAAAAUUACAGUAGAGCUUGAUUUAAUAUAUUUUACAUCAAGUGUGACAGCUGAUUGAUAAUAAAUUUGCAUUUUUACUAUGGAACCAGACCAGGUCAAUUCCUGUAUGUACCAUUGUUUGGUGAAGAACUCCUAUUUAACCUCCUUUCAAAUUCUAGUAACUGUUUCAGAGUCCAAUUGUUGUAUGCUAUGCAGGUAAAAAUUGAUUGUUAAUAUUGAGACGAUGUGCAGUAUACAUUGGCAGGAUAGGAUUUCUUCACCCAAGUUAAAUUAUGUCAAUAUAAACCAGUUUUAACUGUUCACAGAACAAUCUGUUUUUUUGAAAUUUUAUUAAACCGUUAACACUUGUUAAUAAUUUGAGCUUGUGUGUGUACUUUUAAAAGAACAAUACAAGUGUUUUGUAGAUAGUCCUUUGCUAAAUAUUGAUGGUAAAAGUUAUUGCAGAGAUAUGCAUUUGUAUUUCAUAAACUAAUGAUUUUCAACAAGAGGAGGAAGUUGAAGAAGAAAGCUUGCUUUAAUUCAAAAUCAGCAUUUUUUAAACUAUUUAAUUAAGCUAUGAUGGAUUAAACAAUGUGAUAAACAUAUAGUUUGUUCUUGGAUUCACUAGACUUUUAAAAAAUAUCAAUCCUAUUAAGUUGGCUUUAUCGUACAGUAUUAUUCCUGUGAGGCCCUUCUCAAGACCAUGGUGAUUUGGUCUGAAACUCUUUACAAUACUUUGUUAAAAGAUUCUAUUGCAAAGCACUGAUCUUAAAAGUAUUUGGCCAAUUGUACAAAUAGUUAUGGUUAUAGUGUGGUUUGACAUCCAUACACACAUGCAAAUUAGGAGUAGGUGCAGCCCACUUGGACCUUCAAACCUGCCUUGCCCUCCAGUAAUAUCAUAACUGAUCCAAUUUGGCACAGUUGAAUUGCAGCAAAUAUAGUAUUUUGCUUUAGAGCAAAUGGAGAUGAUAGUAAUGUUCCUUGUCCUCAAUGUGAUUAUCUUGCUGCUCAGAAGACUGCUCUUCCUAUCCCAAUUCAGCCCGUCAAAUCUCUUUGUUGCCUACUUCAGUUGUGUGUAACACAGUUGACUUGAAUUAUGUGGCACAUUCUCUGGACAGUACUGCAAAGACCCACUCAGACCAACCAAAGCAUCAGAACUUCAUCUUCAGGAUCCUUAUUGUCUGUUCCAUGAUGGUCCUUGUAGAAGAAUGGGCUGCAUUGUAUCUAUACUGACCCUCAGUCAGCAUGUAUCAGAGCUAUGAGUCAUGGCUGGAGAGAGUAACUCUCAUCUCCCAGUAACCAUCCCUGUCAGGCAUCUGGCCCUUGGAGUGAAGCAGGAACUUAAAGGUUCCCAAGGAUCAUUGCAGCUUCAAAGCUACUGGAUACAGACUUCUAAUCUAUGGUACUAUUGAUCACAGAUAACUUGUACAUUGAUGGCAUGGAAUAUUUUUGGUUGAAGAAGUCAGCUGUGCUAUGACAUGCUGCUCUCAAUGUAAUGUAUCUACCAUCUAUAGCACCGUAUACCUAGGCAAACCAACUAUGUUCAAAGGUCCCACAUGGGCUGACUUUUUCACGGGGAGGUGAGAUGAAACAGUGCCAUUAGCCACAAUUGCAUCAAUAACAACCUUGAUACAUUUCCGGGUUGAGGAUUGAGAGAUCGCACACAAGUCCCCAGUGCAUGCUUGGAGCAGUCAGUUGCAGAAAAGUUUGGUCCAACUGUUACCUUGACAGCCACGGGAUAGGAUGGCCACCUACUCCUUCAAGUUGUAGGGGGUCCACUCCAGCAGUUGCCACAGUUCUGUGACAGUGGCCCAGGAUAUUCUCAGCCUGCAGCGGUAAAGUGCCUUGCUCAUCUGGAGGAAAUGGCAAUGAGAACAAUAGACUCUAAUACCUCCUGAGGGGGCUUUCAACUGCAACUUCUCAAUGUGGAGGCAGUUCAGUAGCUGCAGGAUCUUGCUGCUAGCCCUGCGCUUGUUGAUACAUCUGUUCCUCCACAAUUUCUCAGCACCACAGCCACAGUGAUGAUGACUGAUCCAUUGGACACAGUUCCACUG